AUACAGGGAAGGGUGUUCUCUCUCCUUGGUCAAAUUUGACAUUUACUUUUUUGAUUAUUUUCCUUUUUCAUGUCAUAUUUUGCUGAAUAAAUCUGAAGGAGGUUCAUUUGUUUUUACCUGAGAAGACGAUGCUUUCAUUUUUCAGUUUUUCCCAUCUUUCAUCUACAAAGAAGAUCUUCACAAGGUGCUGUUGGAAGAUGGCAACUUGGGCAGCUGUAUUUGUGAUGCUUGGAGUCACCAUGGCAACUACAAAGGUAAUGGGAUUUAAGAGGAGACUUGGUUUACCGGACGACAUCCAGUUCGACAUGGCUCCAAACUCUGUCGAUGACAUGUAUGAUGGCUGUAGAGAUAAGAUGUUGGAAAAAGUGAAGAAAGAGUUUCUGCCACAAGAGAAAAUAAAUAAAGACUUUAAUCGGACCUGGAACGAAGCAGAGAAAUACUACGACAAGAAAUGGAGUCCACAUAAUGGAAAAAAUCCUUUCAGUCACCUGACAAAAGAACAGAUAAUGGCUAUUUAUGCUUACACUUGUGAUGAAGUCUAUCUCAAAUUCAACACAGCAGUUCGAACAGGAAAAAAUAACUAUAAGACGACAUUUAUGUACCACACGCUACACUUUUUCCUCACAGAUGCCAUUCAAUUUCUCAAUUCUCCCAGAUCUAAAAGCUGCGUCACCACCUACCGAGGAGUCAACAUAGCCUUUAAGAAAAAGAAAAACAUAUUGGUCUUUAAAAGCAAGUUUCGCUUUGGCUCUUUUACUUCCAGCUCAAUGAAUAAGACCGUUGCUUUAGAAUUUGGUAACAUAACCUGCUUUAAGAUUUACACAUGCUUUGGCGCAAACAUCACGCAGUACUCUAGUAUCAAGGAGGAGAGUGAAGUCUUGAUUCCACCUUAUGAGGUCUUUGAAGUCAGUAAGGUAGAGAAGCGAACGAAGAGGAACAAACUUCCUUGUGAUUUAUUUUACACAGUGAAGAGCACAAAAAAAGUUCAAUCCACCUUAAACUGUGCCCUCUUCAGAACUGAGCAGCCACCAUUGUGUAGUAAAAUGUGCAACAAUACUCACAAUUUCCAUAACAAUGGGUGGAUCUGAAUAUUUAAAUACAUGCAUGAGGCAGCAUGGCGGCUACAACUUUCUGUGUGAUGUUGGAUGUUCUCUCUUGCUGGUUUUCUCCCACAGUCCAAAACCAUGUAAGUCAAGUUAAUUGGUGGUUAUAAAUUGUGCAUAAGAAUGAGUGUGUGUGUGAUGUUUGUAUAUUUGUAUAUUUGUGGCCCUUCAAUGGACUGGCGACCUGUCAUGCACGUGCACUUGUCUUUCGCCGGAAAAGAGCUGAUAUAGUCUCUAGCAGUCCCCCUGAAUUUAAAUAAGCGAGUGGAAAUAUAUGCUUGAUGCUUUUGUAUUCCAAUCACCAAAGGUGCAUGUUUAUCAAAAAUGUAAACCAAUGAUUAUAUUGAGUGUCUUAAUGCUCUUUGAUCACAAGGUAUAACCAAAGACAAUCUUUUAUCUAAAACUCAAAUGACUACUAAUAAAUUAAAAGAAAAAAAGACUGCCUUUUUUCUUUUUCUUAAUAUUGUAUAAACAUUUUCAGAGGAUAUGGAAUCAGUAAUUAUAAAUAAUGCUACUUACAUAUUGUAAGUUCACAUGGGAGUUUUUGUUUCUCAAACAGGGCUAAGUGGCCAAAUGAUGUGGAAAACGUUCAUUAAUACAAUAAAGCAACCUUACAGCAACAACAUCAGUGAUUCAUCUUUACUAGCUUGAUUAAUGUAACACCAUCUUUAAAAGUCUACCUAAAAAAUCAGCAGACAACUGCAGCUCAUUCAGAACUCUGCUGCUUGAGUCUUCACUAAAGAAAGUGGACCAUAUUGGUCCAGCUCUGAGGUCUUUACACUGACUGCCUGUCCAUCAGAGGAUAUGCUUUAAAGUUCUGAUGCUGGUGGAUAAAGCUCUGAAUGGUCUAAAACACAUCAGUGACCUCCUGACCAUCUGGGUCUGUUUUUCUUAUCAAUUCCCAGUGUCAGAUUCAGACAUGGAGAAGCUGCAUUCAGCAUCCGCCAGAGUCCUUACAAACACCAGGAAAAUGGACCACAUUACACCGGUCAUGAAAUCGCUCCACUGGCUUCCAGUGAUGGAGUUUAAAACCUUACUGCUGGUCUACAAAGAACUGAAUGGUCUUGGACCAAAAUACAUGCUGGAUCUGUUAGUUCCUAUGAAGCUCCCAGACCCCUGAGGUUCAUCUGGAUCUGGUUUGUUGUGGUUCCCAAGAACCAGAACCAAGCAAGGUGAGGCAGCGUUCAGUUAUUCUGCUCCUCACCGGUGGAACAAACUUCCUGUAGACCUGAGGUCUGCUCCAACUGUAGAUCCUUUAAAUCAGGCCUAAAAACAUUACUGUUUACUGAAGCGUACUCUUAAAUUAAAUACUUACCUGCUGUACUCUACUGCCCUUAUUUUUAAACAACUUUUUAUUAUUUUACCUCUUUUCUUACCAUUUUAUUUGUUAUUUACUGUUUAAUUGUGUCUUGCUGCUUUUAAUGUUGAUGUAAAGCACUUUAAAUUACCUUGCGUUGAAUUGUGCUAUACAAAUAAAGUUGCCUUGCCUUCUAUGCUCCGGGUGUCUGGAACAAACUCCCAGAAAGC